ACUGAGGAUCAAAAUCUGGUACUGCAAGAACAUUUUAAUAAAUGCAAAUUCCUGAAAAAGGAGGAAUGCAUGGAACUAGCCCAAAGAUUUGGCUUGGAUGAGCACCAUAUCAAGAUCUGGUUCAAGAACAGGCGCGCUAAAGUGAAUCAGAAAAAGGGCCAAGGACAACAUUUGAAUCCGGGUUGUGGAUCACAGGAGAUAUAUGCCUCCCCAACUGCAUCUGACCCUCGUGACCCAUCAAGCAGUGAAGAUUCCCCGUGCCACAACCAAUCAAGAAUCAGCUGGGCUCCACAACAUAUCCCCUCAAGUAACUCUUCACAACAUGAACCUGAUUUCUCCACUGUUGAUCACAAGUUUGAGAAGAAAUAUUUCUGUAAUAGUUCAACUAGGGAGAUGCAGCAGAUGCCUGGGAAACUCAGUCACCAACCAGAUGGUAGGUGUGGACUUCCCAAAGGUUGUGUCCCUUUUGAAGGGUCAGCCAAGUCAGAAUCUAUGUGUGAGAAACCAUCAGCUGUCAGUUUUCAAAAUUUAUCCCUCCAUUUGAGUAUUGCCCAACACACUGAAUCCUUUUUGUCCAUGUGUCAGCGACAAUCACUUGUGACCACUCCACCUCAACUCAACCCCUUGAACAAUACACUAGACCAGACAUCGAUUUUCUCCAAAAUUGAUCGGGCCUGUGAGGCAAUUAACAAGAAGAGGAAGAGAUCCAUAGAAGAGGAUCAGCAGAGCAAGAAGGCUAGAGAUCAUUCAUGGAAGGGAGGCAUUGAUUCCAAUGCUAAGUCUUCCUGUCCAAAAGACACUGUCCUUCUCAUGGCCUCUGCUUGUGGGGAUUCCAGGUUACAGAGACAGUUAUGUGUCAGUUCUCAUCCAGCAGUGUGCCACUCCAAUACUUCACCAGACUCAGGGACCAUUCUUUCCAUGAUGGAGAGCACAUGCAGAGUUAACUCUCCUCCUCCACUCAAUCCAAGUGUUUUCCCAGUACCCGAAUCUGUUUUCUCCAUUGAUGAGAUCAAUGAAGAUCUUUUACACGAAGUCCUGAAGUGUGACCAUCCUGGUCAAGACACUACCACUAAAGAAGGAAUCCCAGUACAGUCAGCAUCUUGUGAAUCAUCUGCAGACCAAGCUCCAGUCCAAGAUGCAGACUCAAGCAAGACUGCCGAAUUCAGCACAGCUUCUACAGCAGCUCCAGCGUCUGCCACUAAGACUUGUGGAAGAGGAAGGGAGAUUCAAUCUGCUAUCACCUGUCUAGACAAAGAUAAUGAUCGAGGUUCCUCUACCAUUCAGGACAAGCUCUUUAUUGAACAACUCUGUGAAUUAGAUGCCUCUUUAGAAAACUUGUCACAACCUGACUUCUUUGAACACUUCUCACUCCUUGACUUCUAUUAAGAACUCUUCAUCCUGAUGUUUCUGACUAUACUGUCCUCAACUACCACACUAUAUUGAUCACAGGCACUUGGUACCAAUGCAGUUUGGUUUUCUUUGUUGAGACAACAUUGUAAUUUCAUGUAUCUCAGACUGGCCUUUUAUGUUCUGGGAACUGUUGGCUUUAUUUCCCACAUGUUGGCUUUUGUAAUUUGUGACUAAGAAUUUGAACAAAAAAAUCUUAAUUUUCGGGUAACA